UCAUAUUUUUCACUAGUUUUUCCGCCAUUUUCAAAGUUCGUGUAAAGCCCUAAAAAGAAAGAUAAUUUCAGUUCAAUUUUCACCCAGAAACUCAUAAUCCAUAGAUUAACGCAUCAAUUUUGUCUCAGAAAAAAAGAGCGAGCCAAUGAAAGUCAAGAUUUUGCGUAUCCUUUGGUGGUUAUUUCACUGAUGAUAUGAAAUGUACAAAUGAAGGCUAUGAAAUAUGGCACACCGUUGCUUCAUGGACAUGGGACGCUCAAGAUGAAACUUGUGGUAUAUGCAGGAUGGCUUUUGAUGGUUGUUGUCCUGAUUGCAAACUCCCUGGUGAUGACUGUCCACUAAUAUGGGGUGCUUGCAACCAUGCAUUUCAUCUUCAUUGUAUCUUGAAGUGGGUGAAUUCUCAAUCUGGUCAAGCACAUUGUCCCAUGUGCCGUCGUGAAUGGCAGUUCAAAGAAUGAACAAAGAUGAUGGUAGUAGAACGAAUGAAUUCAAAAUUUAAGUCCACAACUAGGAUUUUAUGUUUCAUGCCUCUUGAGCGAAGGGGUAAAAAUUGCUUGCUUUCUAUUGAUAUAUUUCAGUAAUACAGUGUCUGUGUGUGAUAGAAUGAUAUUAUAGCGAGCAUAGUUGUGUUCAUCCCGAUAUACAAUUAUCAGUUUAAGCCUUUAUGGCCAAGAAUAGGUAGUGUAUUUGUAUCAGCCUUGGAAACAGGUGUUGGAGUUCUACGAGCCAUGCCAUCGAUCCGGAUUCUUUAACUGAGAUAUUCUUCUAUCUGAAGAUGGCAAGAUUCAAGCUUAGCUUAUGGAUGCAGCUUCUUAUAUUCUUUAUCUGAGAGAUGUGAAAACCAAACAACUGGUUUUUUAUGAUAUGUAAGUUGGCAGCAUGUUGUAUAAACGUGAGACUCAUUAAAUUAGUGGUCAUUGUUGGGCACAAAAUCUGGUGUCAACGUGUGUGUAUUAAAUAAAAAGACAUGGGCAAGUAGUCCAUGUGUAUGAGUCAGCUUUUUUUAUAAGGGUACGUAGUGCUUUUGUACUAUCUUUCUGACUAAAAGCAGAUUUGGUUGCUACUGCCUAAAGCAAAGCAACUUCUC